UGAAGUGCCCAAAUUUCAAGACUGGGUUGGACCUAUCUUGAACGCGACUUCGUAGUCGUUUCAACAUGGCGGCUUGGCGAAGCGACGUCGCCGAGAGGAUCUCCGCCUUCGAAUUCGCAACUCGCGCGUGCGAUGUCGUCUUCGGGGACGCGUUCCCUUUGCCACGAGUCCCGCGACCAUCAAUUCGGGAUAGGGAGAACCCAAUGGAGCGCUACAACGACGGGCAGUUCCUGGCGCGGUACCGCUUUACGAAGGGAACCGUGCGAGAGCUGCUCGGGAUGCUGCCGCUACAAACGAGCACCGACUGCAGAGGCCUUCCGCUGACCCCCAUGCUGCAACUGCUGGUCACGCUGCGGUUUUAUGGUGCCGGGACCUUCCAGGUUGUGACUGGGGACCUCGUGAACGUGUCCCAACCGACAGUGUGCCGCGCGGUCGGAGUAGUUACGCAGCUGAUCGCGAGGCACUUGUUCCGGGACCUCGUUCACUUUCCCAGCGCCGCCCAAUUCAACACGGUGAUGCUCGAUUUCUUCGCACUUGCGAAAUUCCCCGGCGUCACCGGGUGCAUCGACUGCACCCACGUGCGAAUCAAGAGCCCCGGCGGCGACGACGCGGAGGUGUUCCGCAACCGCAAGGGAGUGUUCUCAAUCAACGUCCAGGCUGUCACCGGCCCCCAGCUGCAAUUUUACGAUGUGGUUGUGAGCUGGCUCGGGUCGGUACACGACAGCCGGAUAUUUGACAACUCCCGUGUGCGGGUGCUGUACGAGGAACGCCGGGUACCAGGGGUGCUGCUUGGGGACAUGGGCUAUGCCUGCUUCUUCUUCCUGAUGACCCCCCUGGCAGAUCCCGGUCCAGCUAACACACCACGAGGCAGGUACCAGAAGGCCCACAUCAAGACGAGAAACUCUGUCGAGAGGGCCUUUGGCAUCUGGAAGCGGCGCUUCCCCUGCCUCGACAUGAGGCUGCAGCACAAGCCACGUCGGGCCGUGCAGAUCAUCACAGCCUGCGCUGCACUCCACAACCUGGCCUGCCUGAGAAAGGACCCACAGCCUCCACCUCCCCCAGCUCCGCCAGUUGUGCCUAGGGCACGGAGACCCAGGAGGAGGGCCACACAGCCAGUCCACCUGCCACCCGCCGUGGACACCGUGGAGGACUCCCUCACGGGCAUACAAAAACGGGAGCAAAUCAUCGAAAGAAGCUUCAAGUAGAAACUUCUUUCGAAGUGGAAGCUCCCUUCUGCAAUGACUGAUCGAGCUUUGCCUUAAAGGGGCGGUGGAACAAUAUUCAGUUAUAAUGUUUUUCACUUUACACAAGCUUACUGGCACUAGAGGAACCCUAGUAUACUUAAAUGCAAUGCCGCUGACCAAGAAACAUUUUUUGUUGCAGUGUAAUUUCAGAUAAAAGCAACCAUUUUCUUUCAA